UAGCACUGCUCAGGGCUUCAAGCUUUGUGGGACCAGCUUGAGCGACUUUAGUUGCGACACGGUGAAGCAGCUGCUGUAGUGAAUUAAGACUGAGGAGGGGAGAUCUUUCCCUACUCUGUCGGACAGUCGUUCGUUUGUGAUUUCUGGUUUACUUUGACUAUUAAAAUUUCCGUCGCUCAAAUCUGUCUUCGAGUCAAUGAGGACACGUCCCGUUGGCCGCCAGGGGUAGAUCAACAACAGAUUCGCGAGAAGUGCUAGCAAGCUAGGUUUGGGUUGGUUGUAAUCGAGAGAUUUACGGGUUUGUUCGAUCACAGUGGAAGAGAACCGAACGCAAACGUAAUAACAGCGGAGAAUUGUAGAGUUUUUGUGAGGGGAAACGAGUGAACAAUCAAAAGGUUUCUGGGAGGGUGGUUGAAGUAGCUAGCUAGCUAGCUAGCUACCUUUUAUCUAAAAAGCUCUAGAUAGGUAUUUUAAACAAAUCGUCGCGGAAUAUGGCUCAGCAUGGACAUCAUCAUGUAGCCAGUUCCCAAAAAGCACUCAUGCUAGAAAUGAAAAGUCUUCAAGAGGAGCCAGUUGAAGGGUUCAGGAUAACUUUAGUGGACGAAUCGGACUUGUACAACUGGGAAGUUGCAAUAUUUGGACCCCCAAAUACUCACUACGAGGGAGGUUAUUUUAAGGCUCGGAUCAAGUUCCCCAUCGACUAUCCCUACUCUCCUCCGGCCUUCCGCUUCCUCACCAAGAUGUGGCACCCUAACAUCUAUGAGAACGGGGACGUAUGUAUCUCCAUCCUGCACCCCCCUGUGGACGACCCCCAGAGUGGAGAACUGGCUUCUGAGAGAUGGAACCCCACACAGAACGUCAGGACGAUCCUGCUGAGUGUGAUCUCUCUGCUCAACGAGCCCAACACCUUCUCCCCAGCCAACGUGGACGCCUCCGUCAUGUACCGCAAGUGGAGAGACAGCAAGGGCAAGGACAGAGAGUACGCAGAGAUCAUCAGGAAGCAGGUCCACGCCACCAAAGCAGACGCUGAGCGCGACGGCGUGAAGGUGCCCACUACCCUGGCAGAGUAUUGCGUCCGCACACGCGCCCCGCCCCCCGACGAGGGCUCCAACCUCUUCUACGACGAUUACUAUGACGACGAGGACCUGGAGGACGAAGACGAGAAUGAUGACGAGGACUGCUGCUACGACGAAGACGACUCGGGAACCGAGGAGUCCUGACGACCCACCAUCGCCUCACUACCCCUUCCUCUCCCCCGUCACCACACCCCCCUUAAACUGAACUCAUACUCCACCCCCCCACAGUGCAGCCACACCUGCACGUUAAACCCAGAUGCGUUUCGAAAGAAAGCUACAGAUUUAGUUUGUC